AUGUCUCAAAUAGAAAUUCUCAAUCAAGAAGUCGACGUCGGCAAUGAGCAAUCUAGCUAUUACAGGAUGCUUGAUGGAAGAAAAUACUUCAGAUACAUCACUAUUGACCCAGGUACUCUCGAUGAGGAGGAUUUAGCCUUUCCUCCAGCGCUUCUCCAAAAACUUCCGGCAUUCCCGACAGGUGACUGGAAUUGCGGCCGUAUCGCUCGGGCAGAGAAUGGCGUUCCGUACUUUGUUGAAACUAAUAAGCAAAAGCUGCCCUCAAUUAAUUAUAUCUGGCAUGAGAAGUCUUUUGACUAUCUCUCGCUGCAGAUCAAACAGAGGUUUAGUGCAAACGUCCAUCUUGCUACCACCCCACACCCCGAAAAUCGGGACGUUGUUGCCAAAUUCGCCAGGUUCCCCUGGGAGGUCGAAUACUACGCUCUUGAGACUAGGUGGUACGAACGGAUCAAAGGGCACGGUAUCGGACCUGAGUCCUCGGGUAUUUGA